GCUAGGUUAUAUUUUUAUAUCCGUAUCAUUGGCUGUAAUAAUGUUAUGCAUCAGCAUAUAACAUUAAUGGGUAAAUGUCCAGGUUGGCUAAUGUUCCCCUCAAAAUGAAAGUGACUCGUGUUUGUGUCAGUUAGGUUAGCUAAGUAGCAAGCUAGCCGGCUAACAUGUAUCCAGAUACAGGGAUUGUGCUUAGUUACGUAGCCUAAGCAAAGUGUUUUUCUAAUUAAUCAUGUAUUUUUAUUCUUUAUAAAGCAAACACAGCCUGUAAGCCUCGUGGUAACGUGUUGUUUGCUGUAUAUGUGGUGUUUUUAGCUAAGGUACACUGUGCUCAGUUAGCCGGCUGACUGUUUUUGUGGUUGCCAAAGCGCAGCGUCAGACCGGGAAGUGUGGCUGUGUUAGUUAGCCUGGCCAGGCUAGCUGGAGGAGUUGAGGGAAACACGUGCAGAGCUGCGUGCUGGAUGAAGCCAGCUCUAACAACAAUGGAUCCAGGACAGGAUUUGCUUCUUGCAGCCCUGAGUGAGAGUGGAAUCUGCCCAAACGACCUUUUUGACUUUGAUUGUCAGGACAAUGUCCAGCCCCCUGCCUCUCAACAGUCGGUCUCAAAAAAUGUCCUUGACAUUGGCUUGGGCAAUGAGGCGGCUGGAAUAGUUAGAAUAGAACCCGCUGUGCCACCCACACCCACUGUCAGAAAGCCUCAGCCCUCAACCACCACUUUUGUCUUAAAUCAACUGAAUCAGUUGCCAUCACUGGGAACCAUAGUUGUCACCAAACCCUCAGUGGGGACCACCUCAAGACAGACCAUCACAGUAACUAAAGUGGUGCAUCACAGCCAAUCAACAGCCCAGCGGAGCACCUCCUCACCCUCCCCUGUCCCCACCGUUGGCACUGUGGUCCCGUCAGACCAGGAGCAGGUCAAGCUGAAGGACCUUCUCAGGACCAGUAACCUGAAGACCAACAGCCUCGGAGAGCUGAUGAAGCUGAAGCCUCCACCUGAUAUAGCUCAGCCUGUCGCUACAGCUACAGGCACAAAAAUUAUUUUGAUCUCCACAAAGAUGAUGAAUAAACCAGCGGAGGUGAACAAUGGUGUAAAGAAAGAAGUGUCUAGUAAAGAUGUGGCCAGGAUCUGGGUCAACGAUGAAAUAAAAAUGCGAAGCUUUUCGCCUGUAAAUAAGUUACCAGUAAUGAAGGAGGAAGAGGAACCAGAGGAGGAGGAAGAGGAGGAGUUGGGACAUGCAGAAACGUAUGCAGAGUACAUGCCAAUGAAACUGAAGAUCGGAGAGCGGCAUCCUGAUCCCGUGGUUGAGACCAGCUCCCUCUCAAGUGUCAACCCGCCCAACGUGUGGUACAGACUUUCCAUUCCAGAGGAGACCAUUGACAGAGGCUGGCUGUCUGCUCUUCAGCUUGAGGCCAUCACAUACGCUUCUCAGCAACAUGAAACAUUCCUUCCAAAUGGUGACAGAGCAGCGUACCUGAUUGGAGAUGGUGCUGGUGUUGGAAAGGGCAGAACCAUUGCUGGCAUUAUAUAUGAGAAUUAUCUUCUAGGCAGAAAAAGAUCGCUCUGGUUUAGCGUGUCAAAUGAUUUAAAAUACGAUGCGGAGAGGGACUUGAGAGAUAUUGGAGCAAAGAAUAUUCAGGUCCAUUCUUUGAACAAGUUCAAGUAUGGAAAAAUCUCCUCCAAACACAAUGGAAGUGUGAAAAAAGGUGUGAUCUUUGCCACAUACUCCUCCCUAAUUGGAGAAAGCCAGUCUGGUGGGAAAUACAAGACCAGGUUCAAACAGCUGCUUCACUGGUGUGGAGAUGACUUUGAUGGUGUGAUAGUCUUUGAUGAGUGUCACAAAGCUAAGAACGUGUGCCCUAUUGGCUCAUCAAAACCAACCAAGACUGGACUGGCAGUUCUGGAGCUUCAGAACAAGCUGCCCAAAGCACGGGUUGUCUACGCCAGCGCUACAGGAGCAUCUGAGCCUCGGAACAUGGCGUACAUGAACCGUCUCGGGAUUUGGGGGGACGGAACUCCGUUUAAAGAGUUUACCAAUUUUAUUCAAGCUGUUGAGAGAAGAGGUGUUGGUGCCAUGGAGAUUGUUGCCAUGGAUAUGAAAUUGAGAGGCAUGUACAUCGCUCGACAGCUGAGCUUCCAAGGCGUGACGUUUAAGAUUGAAGAAGUUCCUCUGGCUCAAAACUACAUCAAGAUGUAUAACAAGUCAGUCCGGCUGUGGGUGAGUGCGAGAGAGAAGUUCCAGCAUGCAGCUAACCUGAUGGAUGCAGAACAGCGUAUGAAGAAAUCCAUGUGGGGGCAGUUCUGGUCUGCACACCAAAGGUUCUUCAAGUACCUUUGCAUCGCCUCCAAAGUCCGGAGAGUGGUCCAGCUCGCCCGAGAGGAAGUGAAGAAUGGAAAGUGUGUGGUCAUCGGCCUGCAGUCGACGGGGGAAGCUCGAACACUCGAGGCACUGGAGGAAGGCGGGGGCGAGCUCAAUGACUUCGUCUCCACUGCAAAGGGAGUUCUACAGUCGCUGAUAGAGAAGCAUUUUCCUGCUCCAGACAGACAGAAGCUCUUCAGUUUGCUGGGCAUUGAUAUGUCCGCAAAGAAAACACCAUCACCAGCAGAAACCGCAACCGAGCAGAAGGGCAAGAAAAGAAAAGGUUUAGAGGUUAAAAAGGAAGUAAAGAAAGCCCGUAAGUCUGGAGGGCUUUCCGGCAGCAGCUCAGAUGACAGUAAUUCAGAAGACUCUGAUGAGGCUGAAAGUAAUGACAGCUUUGACUCUGUGAGCUCAGGAGACGAUGAAGACGACUUUAACCCCUUCAAGGAUGAUUCUAGCGAGGAUGAGGAGGACGACCCUUGGCUAAUUAGAAAAGAAUCCAAGAAGAGCAAAGAGAAGAACAAGAAAAAGAAGAAAAAGAGCAUAGACCCAGAUUCCAUUCAAAGUGCCUUGUUAGCCUCUGGGCUUGGCUCGACCAGGCCUGCGUUCACCACGCCUGUAGUGAAACCCACGUCCAACAACACAGUUACUGCUGCUGCUAAAAGCGAGCCCGAGGAGAGUAGCUGUGUGACGAGUCAUGAUGCUGUGGAAGACGCUCAGCAGAUGAAGAGGGAGCUGCUGGAGCAGCUGGAGAAGCUGGCGGAGAGCCUUCCUCCCAACACGCUGGAUGAGCUUAUCGAUGAGUUGGGAGGACCUGAAAAUGUGGCAGAGAUGACCGGGCGAAAAGGGAGAGUGGUCAGCAAUGAUGAUGGCAGUAUUUCUUAUGAAUCAAGAUCAGAACUGGAUGUUCCUGUAGAAAUUCUAAACCUAACUGAGAAGCAGAGAUUCAUGGAUGGAGAAAAGAACAUUGCCAUAAUUUCUGAGGCUGCCAGCUCUGGUAUUUCACUACAAGCAGACCGUAGAGUAAAGAACCAGAGAAGGAGGGUGCACAUGACAUUAGAGCUGCCAUGGAGCGCAGACAGGGCUAUUCAGCAGUUUGGUAGAACACACAGAUCAAACCAGGUCACUGCACCCGAAUACGUGUUCCUUAUCUCUGAACUGGCUGGAGAACAAAGAUUUGCCUCUAUUGUUGCCAAAAGAUUAGAGAGUCUGGGUGCUCUAACCCAUGGAGACAGAAGAGCCACAGAAACUAGAGACCUCAGUCGGUUCAACUUCGACAACAAGUAUGGUAGGAAUGCUCUCGAGAUCGUUAUGAAGUCCAUUGUGAAUCUGGAUUCCCCAUUGGUCUCCCCGCCCUGUGAUUUUGAUGGGGAUUUCUUUAAAGAAAUCCGCAAUGGUUUAAUUGGUGUGGGACUGAUUAACGUGGAGGAUCGAUCGGGAGUUCUCUCACUAGAUAAAGAUUACAACAACAUUGGGAAGUUCCUGAACCGGAUUCUGGGUAUGGAGGUGCAGCAGCAGAACGCCCUGUUCCAGUAUUUCUCAGACACUUUAAGUGCUGUCGUUCAAAACGCCAAAAAGAAUGGCAGAUACGACAUGGGCAUUCUGGAUCUGGGCUCUGGAGAUGAGAAAGUUAAGAAGUUUGAUGUGAAGAAGUUUUUGACACCAGGAUAUUCCACAUCAGGACAUGUUGAGCUCUACACGGUGAGUGUGGAGAGGGGUAUGUCGUGGGAGGAUGCCACCCAUGUUUGGGCAGAACAGGAUGGGCCAGAUGAUGGUUUCUAUGUGCAGGUACGGAAUAACAAGAAAAUUGCCAUCAUGGUAAAAGAGGUCAACACCAAAAAGAGGCUCUUCAUGGUGUACAGACCCAACACCGGGAAACAGCUCAAACUGGAGGCGUACGCUGACAUUCGGAAGAGAUGUAAAAAGGUUCUUUCAGAUGAAGCCAAGCAGCACUGGAUUGAUCAGUACCAGUCUUCAGCAGAGAUCUGCUCUCAUGCAUAUUGGCGUGGGAACUGUAAGAAGGCCUCAGUGGGACUGCAGUGUGAGAUCGGGCUGCGCUGCAGGACGUACUACGUUCUCUGUGGUUCUGUUCUCAGCGUGUGGACCAAAGUAGAAGGCGUUUUGGCGUCUGUCAGCGGGAGCAACGUGAAGAUGCAGAUCGUGCGUUUGAGAACUGAGGACGGGCAACGGAUAGUAGGCCUGAUCAUUCCACCCAACUGUGUGGCUCCCCUGACCAACAUCCUGUCAUCGUCAGACCAAUCGCAGCAACUGGCAGUACAACAGCAGCAGAUGUGGCAGCAGCUGCACCCACAGAGCAUCAGCCACACGGUCAAUACCUAGCACGGCUCCUGGGCCCAAAGCGGGCACAGGACCUCAGCUCUGCAUCACACGCCAGCCAGCCAGCCAGCCUCCCCUCCUCUUCCUCCCUGUUGGCAUGCCAUGAGGAACAGUGCCCUUGGUAUUUGAUGUUUCAGGGUUCGUGUCCAAAGGUGGCCCAAUCCGAACAAGGCUCACUGAAUGGACUCCACAGACUCGAAAGCUGGACGGCCUCCCAGGCUGAAGAGGCAGCAGCAGCAGUGUGAGGACGGGCGCUUUGGUGGGAGACGGGGAGACACUGGUUCAGGCUGCUCUGCCUUUUUUAGGGCUUCUACUCCAAUCUGCCUGCCUGUGUUCACCACUGACGACGACGUGUUGUGUAAAGUGGGCUGCGGAGUCACCCAUAUUACUACUACUACUACUCUUGUUUUGCACAGGUCAGCGCUCAGGGGUUAAACUUCAUCAGUUCUUUCCCCUCCUUCAUAAAACGAAACGCAUGCUUUGCCUUAUAUUUGGACCCCCAUCUGGACCCCAUACCCUGCGCUGGUUGACCGCGUAACGGGGUAUUCCAUUGUUUUUGCAUUGAGACUUAAAUUUUAGUUGUUUUACUGUUUCAGGUGCUGUUAAACAGUGUUUAUUUUGUUGUUCUGGAGGUGGUGACGGUGCAGGAAUUGAAUUUUCAGCUUUUUCUGCCGGACACAAUGAGUCUGAGUUAGUGAGGUUUAAUUAAAAUUUCAGGAUGGUAAGUUAUGAUAUAAUUUUUUUUUUUAAUCACAAAUUAACUUGCGGGGUUAGAGAGAUUUCGGAUUUAGUUGCAGGAUGACGUGUGAUUUAUUAUUUUACCCCCGAUUAGCUUUUUCAAACACAAUCACUCUGGUAGAUGCAGUUGCAGAGCUGGUGCCGUAGAUAGUUCAAGACCAUUUUAGAAUUCAGCUUAAUAAUUGCUGAGAGCGUUUCUGCAUCACAAUCUGCCUCUUUGCAAGUUACAAUGCACUUAAAACUAUCAAAAUUAAUCAACCACAAGCUCUGUGUUGAAGAGUUUGGUACAGAUUUGUACAAAAUGGGUGUGUUUUAAAAGUAAAAUACUCUCCCUAUUAACGCUUUGUUCAGAUUACCAGGCCAAAUGUGAUUUGAGGCAUGCCUAGAUUGAAUCCAGAUACAUUUUUCAUAGUCUGAACAGUCAUAAAUAACAUAAAAUCUGUUGUUCUGCCAAUCUGAUCCAAAACACAUUUGUAGAUUGCACCAAAGAUACGAUCUGAUCACUUGCAAAAAACAGUCAAGACAGUCACAGCCACAGAUCUGAAUUGAGAAACUAAUCUGAUUUGCCUGCAGUCUGAACACAAGCCUAAAUCAUUUUAAUUUCUGAUAUCAGGAACUCUGUUGCAUAGUCUAGUAAUUGAUUAUUUGGGUUUUGAAUUUUUUUUUAUCUAUUUAGGAAAAAACAAAUGUCAACAUAUGAACAUGUUAAUUUGCCUGUUUUCCCAAUUUUUCUGCUUUGCUCUGUUUAUAGUUUUGUAUAUUUAAGCAGUGUUUAAUAUACCGAUCUCUAUGAGGGUAUAAACUGGAAUAUCCUCCACUCAGCAGCGCCCAACUUCCCGUUGCUGCAUUUUCCCUUUUCUUUUCUAUGUAUAUUUUUGCUGCCACACAUUUAUCGAACCUGGAUUGAAGGACUUAAAGCCUCCCACCUCCCCCACACCAUUUUUUGCUGUAAAUGUUGACAGGGUAGGUGCAAAUGCUAGGUUUCCUCAUUACUAUAUCUGUGUAUAGUUGCAUAUCUAAAGUCAUGUUUUGCUUAAGGUAUAGAUGUUGAAACACUUUAAGGACUAUGUCAUUUCAUCCUUGCACGAGUUGCACUACUGAUGGGUCUGUUGUACAAAAACAAUGAAAAUUGAGCUGAGUGCAAGAUCUCUACCUCUUGCAUAUGACCAAUAAAUCUUGUGGUUAACUUAAAA